ACAGAUACUGUUGAGUUUUCACUGACAGAAUGGAGAUCAUGGUGUUUUUCUUGUUGUUGCUUCUGGUCUGCUCUGUUUCCACAAAUCAGAGAGAGGUAGAUACUGAAAUUCUUCACCAGCAGAUUUCAUACCAGCAACCCUGUCCACAGGACAUCCAUGCAGUGCUCAGAGAGCUGACCGCCUCAGUGGCUGAACAGAAAGUGGAAAUCAGGACCUUAAAACAAGAGAAUAAAGAGCAUGUCGCAAAACUGAAAGCUCUGGAAAUGCAGAACGUUGAACUUCAGAGACAGAGGUCUGAAAUUGACAAGCUUAAACAGCAACAACAAGACAAUGCAGCAAAGUUGGAGGAAGUGGAUAAGCAGAGGACUGCAAUUGAAAAUCUUAAUCAACAGCUACUAGUCAAACAGGUGGCUUUUUCAGCUUCUUUACUGGCUGAAGGUAAUGGAAUUACUGGUCCAUUUAACACACACACUACGCUUGUCUUUAAACAUCUUGUCACAAACAUUGGAAAUGCCUACAACCCACACACAGGUAUUUUCACUGCACCAGUGAGAGGAGCCUACCACUUCGAGUGGUACGUAUGUGGACCUGAAGAUCCUGUUAAUGGUGUAGCUGUUGUGUUGUUUAAGAAUGGAGAACGCAUUUUUUCAGCGUGGGAGCGUCAGGCCUCACAUUUCGGAACAGCUUCUAAUGGAGCCUCACUGCGUCUAGAGACUGGAGAUCAGGUGUUUUUAUGUCUCUGGGUUAAUUUUAAAAUAUAUGACAAUCAUUUUCACCAUUCCACCUUCAGUGGUCAUCUUCUUUUUACCAUGUAAAAAGGGAAACACUUCCUUAAGUUGUCUUCUACUUAAUCAUUUCUACUUCUAAAUGCAGUUGUUAAUAAUAUUUUUUUCUGUAACGAUUUGUAAAUGUAUUAGUAAAAUAAUGAUUGAUAAUAUUUGAUUUUAAAAAAUCAAAGUGACUGUCUGAUUAUUUAUUUGCUGUGUAUAUGUGUGUUUGAGAGCUGUAUUAAAGACUACCACAUAA